GCAAAGAUGCGUCUGCCGUAUCGGAAUAAGAAGGUCACCCUAUGGGUGCUAUUCGGCAUCAUCGUUGUCACCAUGUUCCUAUUCAAGUUCACCGAACUGAGGCCCACAUGCCUCUUCAAGGUGGAUGCCACCACCAAUGAGCUAUCCUCCCAAAUGGUACGCGUUGAGAAAUACCUCACAGAUGACAAUCAACGCGUUUAUUCAUACAACCGUGAGAUGCCAUUAAUAUUCAUAGGCGGGGUGCCCAGAUCUGGGACGACUUUGAUGCGCGCUAUGUUGGAUGCCCAUCCCGAUGUGCGCUGCGGGCAGGAAACGCGCGUCAUUCCACGCAUCCUCCAAUUGCGCUCCCACUGGCUAAACUCCGAGAAGGAGUCGCUACGGCUGCAGGAGGCCGGCAUCACCAAAGAGGUCAUGAACAGCGCCAUCGCCCAGUUCUGUCUGGAAAUCAUCGCCAAGCACGGCGAACCGGCGCCCCGUUUAUGCAACAAGGAUCCACUGACGCUGAAAAUGGGCUCCUAUGUCAUCGAGCUAUUUCCGAACGCGAAAUUCCUAUUCAUGGUGCGCGACGGCAGGGCGACAGUUCAUUCGAUUAUAUCGCGCAAGGUGACAAUCACCGGGUUCGAUUUGAGCAGCUACCGGCAGUGCAUGAAGAAGUGGAACCACGCCAUCGAGGUGAUGCACGAGCAGUGUCGGGACAUCGGCAAGGACCGCUGCAUGAUGGUCUACUACGAACAAUUAGUCCUGCAUCCAGAGGAAUGGAUGCGUAAGAUCCUUAAAUUCCUGGACGUGCCAUGGAACGAUGCGGUCCUCCAUCACGAGGAGUUUAUCAAUAAACCCAACGGAGUGCCUCUCUCCAAAGUGGAGAGGUCCUCGGACCAGGUGAUCAAACCCGUUAACCUGGAGGCCAUGUCCAAGUGGGUGGGCCAGAUACCCGGCGACGUGGUGCGGGACAUGGCCGACAUCGCGCCCAUGCUGUCCGUGCUCGGCUACGAUCCGUAUGCGAAUCCGCCGGACUAUGGUAAGCCAGAUGCCUGGGUGCAGGACAACACGUCGAAGGUAAAGGCCAAUCGAAUGCUGUGGGAAAAUAAGGCCAAACAAGUGCUGCAAAUGUCGAGUGAGGACAACGACAAUUUUAACAAUAUUAUCAACAAUAGCAACAAUAAGGAUAGCAACAAUAAUCAGUACAAUAUCAAUAAAAUUUUACCAGAACAGCAACAGCAACAUCAACAAAAGCAGCAACAUUUGCAACGUCAACGGGAAACAGAAGGAGAGGGCGAAGGCGAUGGUGACGGCGACGGCAACGAUGAAGGAGAACAUCAUGGAAGGAUACGGGAAAGGCAACCGGAACCGGAACGAGAACAACAAUUGUUGCAUCAAAAGCCGAAGGAUGUCAUUACGAUAAAGCAGCUGCCAUUACAGAGCAGCAUAAACGGGAAGAGCAGAAGCAACAAUAAUGCCAAGAACAAGAAUGGCCCACUGGCGGAUACAUGAUAUCCGCAUAUACC